AUGGGCACCCCCACCGCCCAACACUCACCCUUACUCCAGCUCCCCCCAGAGCUCCGCAACACCAUCUGGGCUCUCGUCGCCGCGCCCCUCCCCGUCGACUUUGAAUUCAACUGCGACGAGCAGCCCGUCCUAGGCCUCGUCAACACCUGCAAGCAAGCCGCCCGCGAACUCGCGCCGCACCUCCUCCCCCGCAACGAGGCGGGCGAGAUACCCUGCCUCACCAUCCGGAUCACGGCGACAUGUCGCAAAGACCAGUGGAUCACAAUCGCCACUUCGCAUAGCGUGAAGAGCGCGGAUUUCCCAGCGCCGCGGUAUAUUCAUGUUAAUCAUAUGGACAACCCCGUGUUCGACGAGCUGCGAGACGCGAAGAAGAUUGAGAAUGUGUUUGUUGAGUUUCGGGGGCCGUGGUUUCCGGCUGAUGCGCCGUGGUACUCGCCGCAUCAUGUUCCCAGAAAAACAAGUGGUUUUCGCUUCAUGAUGAUUGAUAAGAAUAAUCGAGGAUGCCAAGGUGAACCCAUACUCGACACCGAAAAGUUCUGGCGCCAAUGGAAUCCGCCGUUCCUCUGCCACUGGGCAAAGGCCAACGACGUGGCGCGCUUCCUCGGCUCCCUAAAAGCCAUAGGAAACCUCAACAUCAAGUUCAUAGAUUGGGAAAAGAACUGGAUGAUGGUGAGGCAGCGUAUCCUGCCGAUGUACUGGGACGCAUUUCCCUUCGGAGGGCAAUGGAAGCGCCUCGGCGUCCCAGAGCUGCUCCUCACGCCCUUCAACCGCGGCGAGAACAUCCCGAACCUGGUUGACGAGCAGCGAGUCCUGACGCGGUUCGGGGCCUUGGAUCUCAGCAGGCCACCGCAGGAGGAUGAGCUUCUGGGGUGCCACCCUCAUCCGGAUAGGCCCCUUCGAGGGUCCUCGAUGCGUUUAGACCGACUUUCACCUUUGUUCUUCUACCGUGGCGGGCUCCCUUCCGCUUCCGAGGCUGGACAUCUGACUGUGGACUUUGGGGACUUGGAAGACCGAUUCCUGUCGCUGCUAGAAGAGAUGGGGGAGGAACACUACGAUACGUGGGCAUUGCAGCAGCAUCGAGAGGCGACGCGCCAUACUUCGCUCAACAAUUUCUUUCAACGGAUUGCCCUCCGGGUGUAUCGCGAUGAUUCACCCGCCAGUCAAUCGUAA